AUGGACUGGGAAAAUAAGCUCUAUUCUAUUGUGAAAGAAACACAAACCAACUUGGCCAAAGCAAAGGACAAACUGAGCGGCAAAUCUGUACCAGCAAUUGAUUAUUGGACUUUAAACUCUAGUGGCCAAUCAGGAAAGCAUAUUCAGCACCAUCUUAAUUCACUUCCUGAGUCAGAGGUCUCAAAUCUGGACAUGAAUACUGACUAUAGUAUGCAGAUGUUUCAUCUUCAAGAACAGAUUCACUCUCAGAACAGGAGAAUUGAGAAACUGGAGAAGCUGGUCAUAUCUUUAAACAAUGAAAGGGAUUACUACAAGGAACAAAUAUCACAGUUAAGAGGUGAGGUAGAUCAUAUCACAGAUAGAAUGAACAGUCAGAUUUCAUCCAUCAGUUCUGAGAGACAAAUAUUUACAAUGAAGAGGGAACUCAUGAAUGAAAUUGAGAAGGUUAAGACCAUGUUACAUAAUUAUGAUAAGGAAGCUGGCAACCGUAAGAAAACUUCCAUAUCCUCAACUUGGAAUGAUGACAUCUGGACAAUAAAAGAAAACCUGACUGAAAAUAUUGAACAAGUUCACAGAGAAUUGACUGCAGUGAAUAAAAGAAUAGGUGAGAAUGCUUCUGGUGCAAGCCAGUACCAAAGACCAUCCGCGGUGUACACACCUGGUUUUGUGAAAACUGAUGACACAAGCAGUCUGCAGUUGCAGCAGCUCAGGCAGACAAUAACAGCCCUGACUUCCAAGCUAGAGAGCCUUGAAAAUAAAAUAGACACGGCCAACUCCCAGCAGCCAUCAGUCUUUUCUCAAAAUUGGCCAGGUAAUAUUCAACACAUAAUUAACAGACUAACCAUUCACCAGAUGUUUAUUCUGGGAGAUGACAAUAAUGAUCUACACAGUUUAUCUGACCUUUCUGACUUCAGUAGCUUCAGUGAAAACAACAUAGACACUCUCACAUUUGAUCUAAGGGAGGGUCGAACAUUAGGACAGCAAAGAAGAAAACCUGUGGCCUCAGGAUGUAAAUAUAGUACUGGAAAAACAGGCAGAGAAGAGUUUAGUCUCAGCGAUUCGGACAUUGAUGACGACGAUGACCCUGAAAUAGACAGCCUUGAUCUUUGUUGA